GAGGAGAGGAAGGGAGGCGGAUUGCUGCAGCGCAUAGACGUUAUCACAGCGCAGGAGUUUAAUUUCCCUGCAAUGACAAUUUAAUUAGUGGUGCGCCAAAAUUCCGCACUGUGCGCACAUUUAACUUUUUUUUUUUCCUUCUUCUCAAGUCGCCGAUCCUGGUUGGCAAACAGUGGAUCUUCGCUCAUCACUCGGACCUCGGAUCUCCUGCGAGCAGCAUCGGGUGUCUGAAUCUGUGAUGGGGGCAGCGGCUGAGCUUGGGAGCUUCGCCAACGGGUUUUUGGACAGCUUUGGCGCCGCUCCGGCUUCGGUUGCUUCGCAUUUUGUUCUCACCCCAGCGGGGGCCGUGGACUACAACUCUGCAACGGGACUGAUGCUGGGAGGACAGGGGCUGCAGCUGCAGCAGCAGGAGCACCUGGUGUCCGCGGAGAGGCUAUCCCGGAGCCUGGCGGACCUCAACCAUCUGAAAGGCAUCCUGAGGCGGAGGCAGCUUUACUGCAGGACCGGCUUCCACCUGGAAAUCCAUCCGGAUGGCACCGUGCAGGGCACCAGGAAGGACCACAGCAGAUUCGGUAUUCUGGAGUUCAUCAGUCUUGCAGUUGGACUUGUCAGCAUCAGAGGGGUGGACAGUGGCCUUUACCUAGCCAUGAACAGUAAAGGAGAGCUUUACGGAUCGGAGAAGCUAUCAGCAGAGUGUGUUUUCAGGGAGCAGUUUGAGGAAAACUGGUAUAACACGUACUCUUCAAACAUCUACCGGCACGGGGAGAAGGGUGCUUUUUAUUUUGUUGGGCUGAACAAAGAUGGGACGUCACGGGAUGGAACAAGGUCACGGCGGCAUCAGCGGUUCACACACUUCCUACCGAGGCCUGUAGAUCCAGAGAGAGUCCCAGACCUGUACAGAGAUAUACUGGGCCAGAGCUGAAAGCAAAAGCUGCUGUUCUUCAAACAAAACUGGUUGGAGGAAACAGGCCAAUUAAGUGUGCCGAAUGUCAUCCCCUUCCUUUUUGGAGAUGGAGGAUCUUGUUGAUCUGGAUGAAACAGGAUCGCACAGAAAGCACUGAAUCAAGUCCAUGCUGCUGGGGUAGAGAGAGAAGGAAAAAAAGUCUGGGAGAGGUCUGGGUUUGAGGAGUAGAACACAAGCAAAGUUUAUGAAAAGAAUGUUGUUCCUCGGUGGCCUAUGGGAAGACCCCGGUGACCAAAUGGAUAAUCUUUGAAUUUUCAUUAGUUGUUGCUUUAUAAAAUCCAAAUAAAAGCUGUUCAGACUGCAUGCUCAGAUGGACAGAACUGGAUCUGAUAGUUGUGAGACUAACCACUAGCCACUGGUAGCCUUUACCACUGUGUCUGCUGGGACAUUUUCUUUUUCCUACCAUUAUUAAGGCUGCUAUGGCUGAUUUGCAUUGCAAACAAAAAAAAAAAAAAAAAAAACUUUUUAAUGCACUGGAAAGCAGCCAUGCUUGUUCUGGAAAUCCACUGCUGCUCAGAAAAUACGACUCUUCUGCAAAAUUCAAGAGGAGGGUGAAUUGAAAGAGAAGGCCGUUCGGAUAUCCGCUGCGGGGAGCUGUGAUGGGAAACCUCUCUGGUCGGAACUGGCGGCAGUCAUUCACUGAAGGAAUUAAGCUGUUGUACACCUGACUGUCUGCAGUCACACAGAAAGCAUGGGACUGGUUAAAGACGAACAUUUGAUGGAUCUUAUUAUUUAUAUUUUUUUUCUUAGGGCAUACAUUAUAUUUAUUUCAUAUAUUUAUUUAUUUCAAGAAUAUAUUUUUGCAGGUAUAAGAUGAAAUAAAAGAAU